UAGCUCUGCUUCACUUCACAUUGUAGUAAAGUGUCGCUGUCGCUGGUCUCAUAGUCCAGUUUGUUGGCUUUUAAGUGGCGUCUUUUGUGAUUUUACGACACACUCCACCGAACACGAUGUGUGGAUGUAGUUACUUUAGCGUAUUUGCAAGAAUGUACAGCGCUAGUUUGAGUUGCUAACGUUAGCUGACACUAAAGCUAGCUCUCCAACGCUUUUCGGAAGACUCGCAGUUAGCGUUAGCUGUGUAGUUCACUGACCCUCGGCUACAUGGAGACUUGGCGCCUCUAUUUGACAUCUUAGAAGUUCGACUUAAUUUUGCGGGGUCGCAGUUGUUGUUUUUAAGCGAAAAUGUCUCAACUUGUUGACUCUGACGAAACAGCUCCGCUGCUCGGUGAUGAUGCAAGCAGUGAUGACUCUCAGGAUGAAGACUACAAGAGUAGGUGGAGGUCUAUCAGAGUCAUGUACUUCACCAUGUUCCUCAGCAGUGUAGGUUUCACAAUUGUCAUCACAUCACUCUGGCCCUACUUACAGAGGAUUGAUGACAGUGCCAAUGCCAGCUUCCUGGGGUGGGUGGUGGCAGCCUACAGUCUCGGUCAGAUGAUUGCCUCACCCAUUUUUGGCCUGUGGUCCAACUACCGGCCACGCAGGGAGCCACUGGUGUGCUCCAUCCUCAUCAACCUGUCAGCCAAUAUCUACUAUGCAUACGCAUACCUGCCCAGUACCAAUAACAAGGUCCACAUGCUCAUGUCCAGAGCCUUUGUGGGCUUUGGAGCAGGUAAUGUUGCUGUGGUUCGGUCUUAUGUUGCUGGGGCCACGUCACUGAAGGAGAGGACCAGUGCCAUGGCGAACAUGAGUGCCUGUCAGGCCCUAGGUUUUAUCCUAGGACCAGCGCUGCAGGCAUUCCUGUCAUUCAUCGGAGAGAAAGGUGUCACCAUUGAUAUCUUGGACCUGCAGCUCAACAUGUACACUGCUCCUGCCUUCCUGGCUGCAGCUUUUGGUAUCAUCAACAUCCUGCUGGUUCUUUUGGUGCUCAGAGAGCAUCGUGUUGAUGACCAUGGAAGACUUCUUCGAGCCAUCAACUACACUUCAGAAGAUAGAGUUGACAUUAGUGAAGAAACUGAGGAGGCCAUCGAUCAGGUAGCGGUCCUGACUUCCAACGCCCUCUUCUUCAUCGUCAUGUUCAUCUUCGCUGUCUUUGAGACAAUUGCCACCCCUCUGUCCAUGGACAUGUUUGCUUGGACAAGGAAAGAAGCUGUGCUCUACAAUGGCAUCAUCAUCUGCUGCAUUGGAUUUGAAUCCAUAUUGGUGUUUGUGAUUGUAAAAGUUGCCUCUAAAAGAGUCGGGGAUCGUCCUGUGCUGCUUGCAGGCUUGGCCAUUAUAUUUGUUGGCUUCUUUAUUCUGCUUCCAUGGGGAAAUCAUUACCCGAAGAUCCAGUGGGCAGAUCUCAAGAACAACUCUUUGGUCAGUCACAUUUCUGAAGCCACGAUAGCUUCCAACAGCUCUUUGGAGCCAACGGGCUGCCCGUAUGACCAGACAUGGUGCCAGUAUACUCCUGCCAUCUACCUGGCACAGUACAUCUCAUCAGACUUCCUCAUUGGGGUGGGAUACCCAGCCUGCAACGUGAUGUCCUACACACUGUAUUCCAAGAUCCUUGGACCCAAACCUCAGGGUGUGUACAUGGGCUGGUUGACAGCCUCAGGGAGUGGGGCGCGGACAUUAGGCCCAGUCUUUGUCUCCCAGAUCUACACUGUCCUGGGACCCCGCUGGGCCUUCAGCCUCAUCUGUGGUAUGGUGGUAGGGGCCAUCAUCCUCCUCGUCUCUCUGUACCACAGACUCAUCGCCUUUUCUGUACGACACGGAAGAGCUGCAGAGUAACAAGUGAAGUCCCUUGCUGAAAAGACUGAUGGCAGUUUCCUACUUGUUCUCAAAGACUUUAAGCCAAAGUCCAGGCUGAAAUACUCUGUUGAUGUUACGUACUUUAAAAUAUGGUAACUGAUAAUAAGCCUUGAGAUUUUGUGACUCAGGGUUGACCUUUAAACUCGAAGUCGAAGAGAUAAGGCUGGACUAUUUCUCAUGGCUGCACCGCCAGUUAAUAGGGAGCUGCACUUUAACGCACUCGUGGAAGAAGCCAUGUGACGCCUUUUUAUAAUCUGACAUGACAUUGCCUUGGAUGAGGGGAGUCCAUGAUAUCAAACUGAUUAUUGUUUUAAAUCAAAGAGUUACUUAAUAUUUGUUACUGAAAGCUCAAGUUUUAUGUAACCACACCAUUGCUCUCUAAGAUAAAUUAAUUGUAACAUGUUUUCAAACACUGACUACUUUUACAAAACUAUCGUAAGAUCUGAGAAUGUUAUCAGAAUGUCUCUGCAUUAGAUUGUAACUUUAGUUUAUGAAAUAUGUGGGCACAUGGAUGCUUAAGAGCUACCAUCACUUGAAAAUAAGUUUUAUCAGAUUGUUUUAUAUUUAAUUUUUACUGACAUAAAUAUGUGGUGAGGGCUUAAUUAUGCUUGAUUAGAUGUGACAUUCCCUGAGCGUUAUUUACAGAUGGAACAUUUUGAGGUUUGUUUUGUAUAUUCGAUGAUUGAUGUCGUGCAAGAAAUGUGGCUUGUGUGAGAGACGCAAACACUGCAUUUGGGGUUUAGAUGAUUUACGUUUUCACAUUCAGGGGUUUUCCUCUGAAGGAAUAUAAUGAUAUGAUGUAAUAUCUUUCCUCUUUCUGACACCGACCCCACUUCUGGUUGUUUAAAACGACAGGUUGUGUCUGAUGUGUGAAUGUGUGGAUGCUUAUGAGUGACACAUUAAAGAAUUAAUGUGAGGUUA